UCGACAAUGGAGAUCGACGAGAAAGAAAACCCUAACCCUAAUGCCACCACUUUACCUCCAGACUCCAUUGUUCAAAUUGCACCAGUUGAACCUCCAAUUCCACUCGUCCCAACACCAAUCGUACCAACAAUUGCUCCAAUCCCUGUACUUCCUCCACCGCCACCUCCAAUCCCACGUCCACUUGCCCCUCUUCCUUCUAUUCGUCCCCAAAAUGGCGACGCUGCCAAGCCAACCAACGAAGAGGCAGAUUCUGAUGAAGAGGGUGAUGGGUCGGGUCCCGAAUACGAGAUUUCAGAAGAGAGCAGGUUGUUUAGAGAGAAACAGGAAAAAGCGAAACAGGAUUUCUUGAUGAAGCAACGUGCUGCUGCACUAGCGGUGCCCACCAAUGACAAAGCGGUGAGGUCUAGGCUAAGGCGGUUAGGGGAACCGGUGACACUAUUUGGUGAGAGAGAGAUGGAGAGGAGGGAUAGGUUGAGGAUGAUUAUGGCGAAAUUGGAUUCAGAAGGGCAGUUGGAAAGGCUGAUGAAAGUUUUGGAGGAAGAAGAGGCUGCUGUGAAUGCGGUGGGGAUGGAGGAUGGAGGGGGUGAGGAGGAAGGAGAGGCGAUUCAGUAUCCAUUUUAUACGGAGGGGUCUAUGGCUUUGUUGAAGGCACGGUAUGAGAUUGCAAAGGAUUCAGUGGUGAAGGCUGCAAUGAGGCUGGGGAGAGCCAGGAGGAAGAGGGAUGAUCCGGAUGAAGAUUUGGAUGCAGAGAUUAAUUGGGCUUUGGAGAAUGCAAAGACUUUUGCUAUGGAUUGCAGUGAGAUUGGGGAUGCCCGGCCUCUUUCAGGGUGUUCCUUUUCAUAUGACGGGAAGUUUCUUGCCACCUGUUCUUUAACCGGAGUUGCUAAGAUAUGGAGCAUGCCAGAAAUAAAAAUCGCGUCUUCAUUGAAGGGGCAUACCGAACGGGCUACUGAUGUUACAUUUUCUCCAACAAAUCACCACAUAGCAACUGCUUCUGCUGACCGCACUGCAAGAUUAUGGAAUACCGAAGGAACUCUGCUACACACAUACAAGGGCCAUUUGGAUCGCCUUGCUCGUGUUGCUUUCCAUCCAUCCGGGAAAUAUUUGGGCACAACUAGCUUCGAUAAAACGUGGAGAUUAUGGGAUACAGAGACUGGUGAAGAGUUGCUCCUCCAAGAAGGUCAUAGUAGAAGUGUGUAUGGGUUGACUUUUCACCCUGAUGGCUCUCUAGCCGCAUCUUGUGGGCUCGAUGCACUUGCUCGUGUAUGGGACCUGCGGUCAGGGAGAAGCAUACUUGCCUUGGAAGGUCAUGUGAAGCCGGUUUACGGUAUCAGCUUUUCACCAAAUGGGUAUCAUUUAGCAACAGGAGGUGAAGAUAAUACUUGUAGAAUUUGGGAUUUGAGGAAGAAGAGAUCGUUGUACACAAUUCCUGCACAUGCUAAUCUUAUUUCUCAAAUUAAAUUUGAGCCUCAAGAGGGAUAUUUCUUGGUAACUGCUUCUUAUGAUAUGACUGCUAAGGUAUGGUCAGCCAGAGAUUUUAAGCCCGUGAAGAUCCUUUCUGGUCACGAAGCUAAAGUUACAUCUCUUGAUGUAGUUGGGGAUGGACAAAGUAUUGCCACUGUUUCUCAUGACAGGACAAUAAAACUAUGGACCAGCAAAAAUUACGAAAAGGAGAAGACAAUGGACAUUGAUUAAAUUUCUUCCGAGUUCUACAUUGACGAGUCAAGUAUGUCACAGAGAUAGAGAUAUGAUGGGAGAUUGAAGAACUUAACCUCGUAUAUGGAGUUGAAGAAGUUCAAAGGUAAAGUCUUCAUCUUUUCCCCAAAUUUCCGAUCUUUGACCCUGGAGAAGCGAUUUUUGUAAAGUUAUGUUGGAGAAAUGCACCAGUUUUCUCUUGUACUUUGACAGGCACAAGUUUUGUAGCUCAGGAUCAUCGUGGCAAGACUUGUUGUUAGUCCUAACAUUUGGAACAUUAAGUAUCUAGAACGAGCGAUAAAAAGGCGAGUGCUAGAGCAACCAAUAAGGUUUCUCUGGUCAUUUUUCCGAGAUAAUUAUAGUGCAUGUAAUUUUACUUGUGUGACAGUAUCAGUAAGCCUAAUUUUGUCUUAACACCAUAUUGUAACGUUUUUA